AUGGGCCUGCUACCAGUGCAAAAGGAUUGCCGCUAUCCAUCGACAGCCCAAAAGCCUGGCCCGAAACUUGGGAGCUUCCAUAAGCGCAAGGCCAGAUCUUCUCGUCAUCGACACAACGACCCGAAUAUACCCGUUCCGCAGCUUCCCAAAAGACGUUCAGACGAUGAUUCCGGUAAAGGUUUGGACGCCGAAGAUGUUCCUUUACAACAUCUUCUAGCACACAAAGCAAAGUCCAAUAGUAUAUCAAGCUGGAUAUUACAUCAUUUCCACGAGAAACAGGCUUACUAUGAGGACACCGAGGACAGUCGUAAGAGUUCCUGCUCUCCUCAGGCACACUUCUUCCCAACCCCGCCAAAGACAAUACAGCAUGACAAUACCACGCAUGUUUGCGCAGCGUUGGAAAUAUGUGAGGAUGAGUUUCUUCAAUUAAUAGACUUAUACUUCUCCGAUCUCACUUCAGUUUCACUAUUCCACCGACCAAGCUUUCAAUUGCGCAUCAAUAGCGAGCUUGACCCUGAACAAGCCACUGCUUUACUUGCUUCUAUGUUCUCACUGUCUGCUAAGCAUCUAUGUAAUGACAGAGAUGACACUCGAAAAGAGGUGCUAAAUCCAUCCAAGUUCUACGAAAUCGCGUCGAAUUUGGUUCACAAGCAGUUGCGAAAUUGUGGUGACAAAUCACCUCCAUUAUUCCUCCUUCAGGCUUUCAUUAUGACAACAUACUACGAACUGGUCAGUGGUGUUCGCGGAGUCGCAUGGCGGUCACUGGGAGCGGUGAUUAGAAUUGCAUACGAACUUCGACUUCAUCUCGUCGAUCUACCUCUGAAACUGUCUUCCACCAAAACUGAUAUGGAUCCUGUAGAGGUAUGGAUGGCUAAAGAAGAAAGACGGAGAGCGUGGUGGACUAUUUGGGAAUUUGAAGUUUUCGCGACUACCAUACGCAAGUGCCCACUCGGCAUGGACCCAGAACAACAUGCCACGCUUUUGCCUGUUGACGACAAAUUCUGGUUCAAUGGCGAGAAAAAGCCAAGUUGCUUCUUUGAGAAAGAUCCGGUACUUCGAUGGAAAGAACUGAAAAAUAGCGACAAUGAAAGUGGCAGAGCCUGGUUCAUAGUCAUCAAUUCUUUCAUGCGAGACGCGCACUCUCUAUCGAAUGCAUCCGUCCCUGUUGAAUCUUCUAGCGAUGAGGAUACUGGAUCUUACGGGGACAACUGCGUCUCUUGCUUUACGCUGUCGUUACCUCAAGAGCUUCGUUAUCGUUCAGAGCAUUUAUUUUCUUCCCCAUCAGGUCAGGAUCAAAUGUAUGCGCGACGGAGAGACAGCGAAAAGCAGACGAUCCAUGCAAUGAUUCAACUUGCCAAGAUAAUGAUACUUCACAAAGAUUGCUUCCGUAACGACUACCGAGCAGCCGAGAGAGAGGACGACACGAACGUAUUCAGUAACACCGCAUCCUCGCCAUGGCCAGGCGAAUCCAGCUCACAUCCAAACUCUGUAUGGUCAAGGUACCUUGAUGCCGCAGAUAAUGUCGUUAGUAUCGUCCGGAACGCGUCGAUCGACCACAUUCGCUAUGGAGACCCUCUCUUAGUAAAUACUUUCUGGAUAAUAGCUGCGAUACAGCUUGUACAAAGAACAUUUGCGAAAACAAAAUCUGAGAAAGUCAUGGCGCAGUCCAGCUUUGAUUUGCUGCGCCUGACGUUGAUACAACAUGAGCAAUAUUGGAAUACCUCACCUGUACUUUUACAGAACCUGGACAAGCUACAAAGUACUCUGAGUAGCAUAAGGGCUCAUGUUGUCUCAAGGUCUUCUGCCAUGAAUCAGCCUAGUGCAGCUCCUCACUCACCAGAAGAGUCUACUCCUCAUGUCCAUGGUGAUACCAGUUUGAAGAAUAAUGGUUCCCCAGUUUGUAAAGAUCUGGAAGAAAGUGAGCAGAACAAUGCAACGGACUGUGUGCAACAGAUUGACAUGACCUCUUGUGAGGGCACUUUCUCACUUGAUAGCGGCGAUUAUGUUUGUGAUGCAAGCCUUGAUGGCUCAAAUCUGGACUUUGCCUUGGAUUUGCCAAUUGAUACCAUUUUUUCCGAGAUUUGGCAGAAUUCACAGCAGAAUGACCUAUGUACUGUUGAUGACAUUCUGGGGCCUUAUAUAUAUCCCGACAACUUGCUAUAA